CGUUGUGCCAUGCGACAAUCCGCCAGUGCCGGGCUCCACUUGGCUGACUCGCAGGACCGAACCGUCCUCGGUGGAUGUCCGUGGCUUUCGCUUGUCCUGACAAAAAACGAUACAAAACGCAAUGAUCAUCGGUGUCUGGCCCCCCCCAUUGUUGGGUUAUCGUUGCACGUGCGUUUCGCGGAUUCUCUUCAAGUACCGAAUUGCCGCACGACUCCUGGUCGCGAUGGGGUUGAAUUUCUUUCUGUCUUGCAAGUCACCCAUCAUGCAUGGCACCCAGGUGUUCGCAUGGCCAUGCAGUUCUACAAUGUCUUCGAAUAUGCCAUAGUGCGCGACCAGCUCAUCGCCAACACGGUGCUGGUGGCCGUGAGCACGCUGGCGAUUGUGUUGCGCUUCAUCUCGCGGCGAAUCCGACGCAGCAAGAUCUGGUGGGACGAUGUUUGUAUCGUCGGGUCGAUGCUCAACACUUAUGGCAUGCUAGCGAUGCACUACCACUAUGCACGCGUGGGAAUGCGCCACCACAUCACCGCCAUUCCCGCCGAGAACGCCAUUCUCAUUUUCAAAAUGCUUAUCGUCUACCAAAUCGUCUACUACAACUGCAUGGUCCUCGCCAAAUUCUCCUAUCUCUUCUUCUACCUUCGCAUCUUCGUCACGCGCGGGUUCCGCAUCGCCGCGCGGGUGUGCAUGGGCUGUGCAGCGGCCUACUGGGUGGGCAGCAUGCUCCAGAUCUUCCUGAUCUGUCAGCCCUUUGAGAAGAACUGGAAUUCGACGCUCCCCGGUCACUGCGCGAGCAUGAACGUGGCAUUCUCGACGAUUGGCGCUUUCAAUCUCGUCACCGAUCUGGUCAUCAUGGCCCUGCCCGUGCAUCACAUCUGGAAGCUGCAGACCUCGACGGCCACAAAGCUGGCAUUGUAUGGUAUAUUCGGUAUGGGCUUGUUCAUUUCCGCCAUCACCAUCAUCCGCAUCCGCGUUCUCACGACUGUCGACUUUGCCGACCUUUCGUAUAGCAUGAUCUGGGCGGCCUUCUGGAGUGUCGCUGAGCCUGCGCUCGCCAUCCUCAACGCCUGCGUCCCCAUGAUGCGCCCGGUAUUCAAGGCCGCCUUCCCCGGUGUCUUCUCGUCGGCCAAGGCGGCGUACUCGUCCCAGACUGGGGCGCAGUCCGGGCCAUCGGCGCGGGCGUUUCAGCGCAUGCGCGACACCGAGAGCGAACUGCCGUUGACGCAGCUGGAGCCCUCGUCGAAAAGUGGCAGCCGGGGACAAGAUUACGAGGUCUCAUUGAAUGGGGACCAGCGGUCGCAUGAGGAGUAGAGUCU